AUGGCGCGAGCGCGGCAGGGCCUAGCCUGCGGCUUGCUGGCACUGGCCUUCCAGGGUAUCGGCUUUGUGGCGCCCCGCGGCUCCAGGGCCGCACCGCCGGUCUUCUCCGCCGCGGCCGCGGUGGCGCUCCCCUUGGGUGCACAGGCGCAGGAGGAGGCGGAGGCCGGCGAUCCAACUGGUACUCUGCUGACCGUGCUUGGCGCGGGAGUGGUGCUUCUGGGCUUCGGCUUUGUCUUUUGGGUCUUCAACCUCGAGCCGGCGAAGGACGCUUCCGGCAAAGCUCGGGCCUCCUCGCUCGCGGGCCUGGAAAACAUCGACAAAGUGCGGGAGCAGAUCGAAAAUGAGACUGAGGAGGAGGCGGACGAGUACAUGAUGCAGCGGGGAGUCGGCAGGAAGAAGCCCAAGGACGAGGAGGAGGAGGAGUUCGCCUUCCUUCCCGUGGAGGGCGCCCUGACGACUUACUGCCUGCUCCAGGAGGGAGCCGGAGACGCGGUGGUGGAGAAUGGGGAUGAGGUUACCGUGCACGCCACAGGCCUUAUUCGGGACACCAAGACCAAGUUCUGGAGCACCAAGGAUGUGGGGCAGCAGCCCUUCACCUACAAAGCCGGCGGUGGCGUCAUCAAAGGAUGGGACCUGGGGGUGAGAGGUAUGAAAAAGGGCGAGACGCGCGGCCUACGGAUCCCUUCCAUUGAAGGCUAUCGCGAGAGCGGCUUCCCUUCCUGGGGCAUCCCGCCCCAUGCUGACCUCCUCUUUGAGAUUGAGGUGCUGGGCAUCAAGCGCCAGGGCCAGACGCUCUGA